AUGACAUACGAUAUCAUCUUCGCUGGUGGUGGCACAACUGCUUGCGUUGUGGCAGGUCGCCUUGCAGCCGCUAGGCCUGAUCUACGAAUCCUGCUCAUCGAGCAGGGUCCGCACACCAGGGAGUUACAAACUCAUCUUCAGCCUGCGUUGUUCCCGAAAAAUUUAACGCCAGAUACCAAAGUCUUCUCUUUCCAUAUCUCCCAACCUAGCAAUGCCUUGAUGGGUAGGCCCGUCGUUGUUCCAAGCGGAAGGUGUGUCGGAGGAGGAUCCAGCAUCAAUUUCAUGAAAUACACUAGAGCAUCUGCGUCCGACUACGACGAUUGGGAAACAUUGUACGUGAACGAGGGCUGGGGCUCCAAAGACAUGAUCCCGUUGCUGAAGAAGGUGGAAACUUACGAAGUCGACGGAGAUCAAUCCUCGCACGGCCAGUCAGGUCCUAUCAAAGUAUCAUUUGGUGGAGUCUGCCUGGAUCCGGGUAAACAAUUCCUAGAAGUCGCCGAGAGAUACGACAAAUUUCGUGGAGCAACUCAAGAUGCGAACGAUUUUCACACUGUGAACGCUUAUAGCCGCUGGCCCAAAUACAUCGACGGGUCGACCGGGCUCCGUUCAGAUACCGCGCAUGGCUUUAUAUAUAACCAGGACCAUGCGCGAAGCAAUCUCACUGUCCUGGCUGAUACUACAGUGUUACGCGUGAUCAUCAAGGAUGGACGAGCGAUUGGUAUCGAGUGCAGUACUCCUACAUCGACACUCGGCGCUACAAAGAUAUUCGCUACACAGCUUGUCGUCGUCUCUGCUGGUGCCUUUGGUUCCCCUGCAAUCCUUCAACGCUCUGGGAUUGGCCCACGUUCAAUCCUCACGGCGCUAGAAAUCCCGGCGGUCGUUGACCUGCCCGGCGUGGGCGAGAACUACUUGGACCAUCAAGCUAUAGUCGAGCCGUAUUUUGUCUCAGACAGCACCACAACCCUUGAGGCUAUCAUGGAGAUGGAUGAAGAUGAAUUACAGUCUCAAUGGCAACGUAGCGGAGACGGCCUGAUGGCUACGAAUGGUAUCGAUGCAGGCGUGAAGCUUCGACCCAGUGUGGAUGAGCUCAAGGAGUUAGGCCCUGGGUUCCAGGAGCGAUGGAAAGCAUAUUUUGAAAAUGCACCCGAUAAGCCUAUCAUAUGGAUGGGCCCACUUUCCAACCCGAGCGAUUUAGAAGUUCUGCGAUGGGCCUACAAGAAAGGAAGGGAGAUUGCGCGGCGCAUGCCACUUUACCGUGGCGAACCCACUCAAUGCCAUCCAGCGUUUACACCAGACAGUGACGCUGCUUGCGGAGAACGAAGCGGACCUGUAGAUGUUUCGGCACCCAAUAUUGUUUAUACCGCCGAAGACGACGAAGCGAUAAACUCACACGUCCGUAUGAAAGUUCAAACCUCCUGGCACUCUAUGGGAACUUGUGCCAUGAAACCUCGUGCAGAGGGGGGUGUUGUGGACUCCAAGCUGAAUGUAUAUGGAUUACAAGGCCUCAAAGUUGCUGACGUAUGCAAUGUCUCCGCAAAUACGUACAACACGGCGCUGGGUGUAGGCGAGAAAGCAGCAGUCAUCAUUGCCGAAGAACUCGGCAUCAAGUUGUGA